AUGGUCGCAAAGAAUACUGCCUUUGAUCUGCAGAAAUGCGCGCGAUCCAACAUCCUCGCAUUGGAGCCAUACCGAUGCGCGCGCGACGACUACAAAGAUGACGGCACCAACAUCCUCCUCGACGCGAAUGAGAACGCAUAUGGACCGGGACUAGCAUUAAAUGGCGAGGGAAAGCUACCUGGCGCGAAUGUCAAUGGCACUUCAGACUCGUCUUCCGCGAUUGACGUCGAUUUGCUUGGCCUGAACCGAUACCCAGAUCCCCACCAAGAAGAACUUAAGCAACUCCUCUGCAACCUCCGAAAUACCCACAGCCACACACCGAAGAAGAUCACGCCCGCCAACCUCUUCGUUGGUGUCGGCUCAGACGAAGCGAUCGAUGCUCUUAUUCGCGCCUUCUGCGUUCCCGGCAAGGAGAAGAUCCUAACAUGUCCGCCCACGUACGGCAUGUAUAGCGUUUCUGCGCAGGUCAACGAUGUUGCCCUAGCCAAGAUCCCCUUACAAACCCCAAGUUUCGAUCUCGACGUACCCGCGAUACUGAAGGCGAUGGAUGAGGACAAGAGCAUCAAGCUAGCAUAUCUGUGUUCGCCUGGCAACCCGACCGGAAAGCUACUCAAGAAAGAGGACGUACAAAAGAUACUAGAACACCCAUGGAAUGGUGUGGUCGUGGUGGACGAAGCAUACAUCGACUUUUCACCUGAUGGAACAAGUCUGGCAGAGUGGGUCGCCGAGUGGCCGAACCUGGUAGUCAUGCAGACACUGUCGAAGGCCUUCGGUCUUGCAGGUAUUCGACUAGGCGCUGCAUUCGCGGAUCCGGCAAUCGCACAGAUCCUGAACAACAUGAAGGCGCCGUACAACAUCCCCAACCCCACGAGUCAGCUCGCACGCGCAGCUCUGAGCCCGAAACACCUGCAAGUUAUGACACGAAACAAGGACCUUAUCGUCAAGCAGCGCAACAGGCUGAUAGAGGAACUGCCCAAGAUUCCCGGCAUCGGACAGCUUCACGGUGGUGUCGAGUCGAACUUUUUGCUCUACCAGAUACUUGAUGCGCCUGCGGAUCAAGGUGGCAAGCCAUCAAACGAGACGGCCCUGGCAGUAUACGAGGGUCUGGCAGAAGAGAAAGGCGUCGUAGUGAGGUUCAGAGGAAAAGAGCAUGGAUGUCUAGGCUGCUUGAGGAUAACUGUCGGUACAGAGAAGGAGGUAGAUCGCUUCUUGCAAGAGAUCAAGCAAGUACUAGAGGGUAUCCACAAGAGCUCUGGCAGGCUGGGGAAGAAGGAAGAGCAGCAGAGAGAACGAGAGGCAAACGAUGUGGUCGCAUGA